CGACCCCUGUUAACGUCCUCCGCCUGUGGGACUGAGCGGGGAAGCUCACGGUAGUGGCGGCCAAGGAGAGGGGCCGGCCUUGCCAGGAAUAAAGAGGGAGGGGAGGGAAAAACGCCAGCUCGCCCACCCCGCUCCCGGGCGGAGGGCGGGGGCGGCGCGUCCCGCGGGCCGAGCGCGACUCGGGCUGAGCGCAUCUCUCCGGAGCGGCGCGGGAAGGAUGCUGGUCGGCAGGGGCGCGCGCGCGGGGCGCGGGAUGCCGCGGGGCUGGACCGCGCUCUGCCUGCUCAGUCUGCUGCCCUCUGGGUUCCCAAAUACAGAAAACAUGACUGCUAUCACCAAAGAGUCAACCCCCCAAGAAAUAACUUCAACUGUGUUUGCAAAUGUAUCCAACCAGAAGGCCACCACCCUAAGUCCUCUUGGAAGUACCACCCUGUACCUUGUCUCUCAGGACAACAGUGGUACCACUGCAACCAUCUCAGAGACUACAGUCAAUAUCACAUCUACCUCUGAGAUCACCCCAGUGCCCGGGACCACGAGCUCUUCUGUCCAGUCACAGACCUCUUUAGCUAUCACAGUAACUUCUAUCCCAACCAACUUUUCAACUUCAGACAUGACCUUGAAGCCCAGUCUGCUACCUGGAAAUGUUUCGGAUUCCCCAUACAACAGCACCAGCCUUGUGACAUCCCCCACUGAACACUCUGCAUCAUUUUCUCUUACCCCAAGUACCAUCAGGGGAGAAAUCAAAUGUUCCCAAGUCAAAGAAGUGAAAUUGACCCAAGGUAUCUGCCUGGAGCUAAAUGAGACCUACAGCUGUGAGGACUUUAAGAAGGAUAAUGAAGAGGAACUAACCCAAGUCCUGUGUGAGAAGGAGCAGGCUGAGCCUGGGGCCGGGGUGUGCUCCUUGCUUCUGGCCCAGUCUGAGGUGAGGCCUCACUGCCUGCUGCUGGUCUUGGCCAACAGAACAGAACUUUCCAGGAAGCUCCAACUUCUGAAAAAGCACCAGUCUGACCUGAAAAAGCUGGGGAUCCAAGGCUUCACUGAGCAAGAUGUUGGGAGCCACCAGAGCUCUUCCCGCAAGAUCCUGAUUGCACUGGUCACCUCAGGGAUCCUGCUGGCUGUCUUGGGCACCACUGGCUAUUUCCUGAUGAACCGCCGCAGCUGGAGUCCCACAGGAGAAAGGCUGGAGCUGGAACCCUGACCGCUCUUCAGGAAGAAAGGAGUCUGCACAUGCAGCUGCAACCCCCCCCCUCUCCUCCCCCCAUCACCGCCUCACUCCCCUGCUUACCAGAUAAUGCUCCUUUAUUUAUACACUGUCUAGGGCGAAGACCCUUAUUACACGGAGAACGGUGGAGGCCAGGGCUAUAGCUCAGGCCCUGGGGCCUCCCCUGAGGCUCAGGGAAAGGCCAGUGUGAACCGAGGGGCUCAGGAGAACGGGACCGGCCAGGCCACAUCCAGAAACGGCCAUUCAGCAAGACAACACGUGGUGGCUGAUACGGAAUUGUGACUCGGCUGGGAGGGGCGAGGCUGGGCAAGGUCUGGGGAAGGGGCCCCUCCCUGCAUCUGACCACAAGCUGCCUCGAUCCCUUACCUUCUCCCCUUUCCUGCUGCACACACCCUCGGAGGCCGUUCCUGGGGCCCUGCACCCCACCAGGCCGAGGGUCUCUCUCUACCUUGGGGACCGGGAGGUAACCCCUGCCCUUUCCACGUUCAGCUCGCUAAGCUUAGAAUCUGGUCUACUUUGAGUGAAGGUAUGAGGGGGAAAUGCCAAAGUGGAGGGAAGCUACCAGGGUUGGGGGUGGGGGGGUGAUGAUCUUGCAUCAUUCACACAUGGGCUUCUUCCCUCUCCCUCCUCUCUGCCUUAUUAAAAGAACUCCCAGGGGAAGCAUGGGCUUUUUCUGGGCUACAAUUUCCUCCCAGGAGGCUUUGCCUUUUCCUGUUUCUUCCUCAUGUCUGUCUUCUCUACUUUAGGGAAACCAAAGCAACCCAAUGUACCCGCUCCUUUGUAAUGAUAUAACCAGCAAGACUUGUUGUCUUAAACCGUCUCCCUUAUGCCCACGCCUAGUCACUGUGGAUUCAGGCACUGGCUUCCCUCAGGUUCCCCUGAGCUCCACACCUUCUUCCCCCACAUCUGCGUACAGAAGCCUGCACUGUUUUCUGGCUGAGCCUGGAACGAGGCUCCAAGUUUUGAACAAUGUCUUGUGUCUGUGUUUGGGAGACAGGGUAGGGGUGCAUGGACACAUGCGUCCCUACCUUUGGGGACAGAUGAGGGAGAGGGGAUGGCUCAGUCCUUGUCUCUCUGGGGCUCACAGAGUCUCAUCUUGGGCCCCUGUUUCUCCCUGUGGGUCCGAGUGGACAGGACCAUGGGACCAGAUCUUUGAGCCAAGCCACUUGACCUGUGCACCUCUGAGGAAACCCCUUGGUCAGAGGCUAGGUCCUGGCCUUAUCCUCUGAUCUCGAUGGUUUCCUCCUUCCUCCCCCUGACUCCUGGGUUGAGCUGUGGACUCAGUCUCCCAGCAGACUCCUUUCUGUCUCUGCCUCCCCAACCCCAACCCCCUCACUGCUCUGCACCCCCGUGUAGUCAGAGCCCCUCGACAUCUCCAGAGGGGCUUCAUCACAAGCCACCUCCUCUGUCGGUGGCCCAGGUUUUCAUUUGUAUUUUUUUUUUUUUUCGAGAGGGGUGAGCAGGGAUCCUGGUUUCAAUGACGGUUGGAAAUAGAACUUUCCAGAGAUAGGAAGAUUGGGUGGAUUUUAUUUCUGAAUACAAAAUGGUGUGUGUAAAUACUGUAAUUAAAGUGAUACUGAGACACA